UAACGCGGACAUGGGUGUUUCUCCAGACAUGCAUUUCCACGCAUUUCUGUUCCUGGUUCUACUAUUCCGACAGUGAUCGCCACAGCCACACUGGCAUAUUUGGCUUUUUCACACCUCCCUGGUAACUUUGCGUGUGGCGACGGACAGCACUUUUUUGUGUGUGUGGAUUAUUUGCAGGAAUGGUUCACUGGAGCGUACCGCGUCCUGCUGCUUUGAGGAAACAACUUCACACAGCCGUGGCUUUCACGUUAACUCUUCACUAUUAACGCAAAAGGAGAGAAUGAACAACCACAAGGGCGGCGGGAUGGCAUCGAAAGAGAGGCUGUAUGAGCUGUGGAUGUUGUAUUACACGAAGGUGAGUGUGAGUGCGGAAGAAGAGCUGACGGUGACACCUGUUGUUGCAGCAGGUCCUGAGCUUGAAGUUACAAAAUAAGCCGAUAACCACAUCUUGGAGAGGUUAACGUGGUCUGUGCGACAGCUUCUGUUGGUUUUAGAAACAGUCAAACAAGGAAGUCGGUUCUGUUUCUGCCUCUGCGUGUUUGUGUGUGCACGAGCUGUGUAUUUACCUUUUGGCUGAGGGGACUCUGCGCGUGCUAGAGCAGAAAACCACGUCCUAUCAAUGUGAAAGUGUCACUUAUAAUUCAAGUUUUAGUCACUAAAUGUAGUUGGUCAUAAUAGUGUUUGAAGCAUGUUAACCCACUUAAUGUGCUUGACUGUACCUGCGAUACAGGUGCUGCUGAGGCUACUUCCUGUUCCUGUUCCUCCCUGUCUCUUGUCCUCAUUUCACAAGCCAAAUUCAAACCACAGUAGAGUUGACACAAGGCUGUUAGAGUCUUUCAUUUUCAAGAGAGAAGCCUUUUCUCACCAUCUUGAACUUGUUAUUCUGCUUCUGUACAGCUCUUCAUAGCCUAAAAGUUUAGUUUGAAUAAUAAAUAAGACAAAUGUUUACACAGUCAACUUAUAUUUCAAUCCGUCUAUCAAUUGUUCGAUGUUGAGCAAUAACUAUAAAGGUUAUGUGGUGUUAAUAGUCCAACACACUAAGCACAAAUGGUUAUUGCACAACCUUUCAUGUAAUGUCUCCUCUUGAGGAUAGGAAAGGACGUCUGUGAAUAAAUUAAGUAUUACUAUUUCAUGUCUAUGCAAUCUGCUUCCAUGCCCCAGGACAGAAAAAAACAAGAUGUGACUUCUUUCCAAGCGUGCAUGCGCUGUGUGUGCUCACUGAGAGGCAUGAAGGCGCCCUUCUGAGGAUGACAGAGCUUGUUGAUCAGGAUAAGGUUAUUAGGACAUAUUUCAUCACAAAUCUCUAUUGAGUCUUGUUUGAAUUAAGGACUGGACUUAAUCCUUUUUGGGAAACUUUCCAAAAGCUUUGAAUAGGAAGAAAGGGAAUUUAAAAACAACCUGCGUAAGUGAACAAUACGUGUAUCACAUCUUAAAGUAUUCACUAUGAAAAUGGUUUUUGUGGUGAAUGAAUUGACUUUCUAAUCAACCCUGUUAUUUGUCCUCUGAGCUGCUGCUGAAUGUCAGGUUUGCCUAAUCUUCCUUAUGAUGCCAAAGUAAAAUAAGUUGUAUCCACUGCUAAAAGGAGUCACUGGUAUGUGUGUGUGUGUGUGGGUGUGUGUGCACUCCUUGAAUCUGACUGUGACAGCUGUCCAGCAUCCCCAUGCAUGAUGAGACCACUUCCUUAUUGAUCCGCCCCCUGGCUUGCUGUUCCUUUCCUCUAGUUGCCCUCCAAUCCCAAGCAACAAACUUUACAUCUUGAUAUAUUUCUCAGCAAAGACCAUCCAGAGAUUUCCAAGUUUUUCUUGGAAACCGAAUUUGUGUGUGUGAUCAAAUAACCCGCCUAUAGUCUCGUUGAGGGAUUGCUGAGGAAUUGAGCCUUGUAUUAGACGUAACCACCUUAUGUGACUCAGAGGAUUGCAAUAGGCUGCAGAAAGGCAGAAGAACCGCUUCAGAGAACAAUAACCUGCCUCUCCUCUACACACCAACAUGCCACUGUGUGCACUGUUUUUGUUGCUGCCUGUUAGUCAAGUUGACACAGACAAUAACCUCUUUCCGACUGCUCACGUCCUAUCUUGGAUUCACAGGUUUUCUGACCUGUCAUGCACUAGGUUUUUGCAUUCUGAAAGAGUCAAACAGGACCAAAGACCUGAGCUUUGUUUAAUAGGCUUUCUGUUAGUCUUUGUAAACAAGACUUUACUUACUUGUGGCAAGGGCCUGACUCCUUCUGUUUGACUCACAACUAACACACCCAGGCAGCUGCCUGCCUGUAAAUAUUUAAGUCUUGAGUGAGUGUCUCUUCUGAUCAGUUUAUCAGCAGUUGUUCAGACUUUUCAAGGUUCUUCUACCUCUUUAUGUCAGAGAAACCCGGCAGUGUCAGCGCACAACCGCAAAAGUAUUUAUCAAAAUGUAUAUGGGAGUUCAAAGUAUACCAUAAUAUAGUCAUGAAGUAUCCAAACAAAUAAAUCUAACAUGUUUUCAGUACAUCAAAUACCUCAGCCAUCAUUCUUGCAGUAAGAAAACCAAACUUGUACAGGCUUGUCUGUGAUAAAGGAGCUCAGCUUCCUCCAAUUGUGCAAGAAAUCACACGCCCCGUGCAAGAUUUGGAGAUCAGCUGAGGGCUCAGGACUGCUGUGUGAUGUUGAAAAGCCAUUGUCAUACAGAAAUGAGACAUUUACUGUGCAAACGAUUAAACAAACAAGCAGGCAAAGAACAAUAAAGACAGGCUGGGGAGUAGGUUAUUUGUAGUAGUCAAGACCACAGCAUAGGUAUUCAUUAUAACAGAUAUAUGUGUUUGUUCAUCACAUAAUCUAUAAGCAACUGUGUUUGAAUGAUAGUCAUGUGAUGUUUGUUCAGUAAUUGCCCUUUUUAGAAGUUUAGAGCAUGUUAAACCAAGUGUUGCUCCGUGCAAACUGAACUCAACAAAAACAAGCCUUUCUCUUUAUCUGCUGUAGUUAAAAUCUCUCCCUCUGCCUCCAUAUCUCACAUCUGAGAAAGUUCUUUAGACCAUCGUGAACCGCUCAGGACUGACAGAUAUGGACACACACACACAGAAGGGUCUGAUACAAUCACUGUAAGGGUAACAUGUCCUCUCUCUCAUCUCAUCUUUUCUGUCAUUUUUUGAUGUGCUUGUUCUUUUCCCCAAAGUCAUAAUACAGAAACACAGUUGGACUCCACUUUGAGAGUUUCAUCGGUUUUCUUAGGCUUUAUUUUCUUUGUGUGCGUGGAACUUUGGCUUUUCUGUGUGUGUUUACUGAGAUGAUAAAUGAAGCAAUUAUUGAUAAUUAAAAGUUAAUAAAAAAAUACUUGGACCACUUUAACGGCAAGUGUUGACAGUUAGUCACCACAAUGUAAAGUCUGCAUAGUCAUAAAGCAAUUACUGAAAUACCCAUUCUUAUUCUUUGUUCAGUGAUGCAUUGCAGGCAAAAAGUCUGACACAAACCAAGCAAAAACAAGAGGCAGUGAAUCCAUUGUUUGAUGAGUUUUUCACUUUCAAUUCAACUGAAUUUAAAUUAAACAAGUCAUGGAUUGUUUUUCUCUCCACCGUGCUUACUUUUCAAUCCAGCUAUCAAAGUUUGUGCAAAAAUGCAUCAAUGCAAAACAUGUUCAGUCAUUUUUUAGUCAAAUUUCUAGACUUGGCGUCUUGUAUUUAUUUGUGUAAUGUUGCCUUGAUAGGUUUUUUUGUGAAAUAGAAAAAACAAGCUAUUUUAAGACGUCAACAAAGAUGAUUUUUGCGAUUUUUAAGUGAGAAUGAAAAAACCACAGUGACAGAACAAAAAAGCUUCAGUCUGCACUGAACAUUUGUGGUCAAGACAGUGUUGAAUGUGCUGUGAAACAAAUCUUUUAGACACCAUAAGUCAGCAUGAAAGUAAAAAAAAGGCAGAGGCAUCUUUCCUUGCUGUUUUAUCACAGUGUGUAUACAGAGAUCUAUCAGGCUGGCAGGGAAACAGACUGUGAUUAUCCUGUGAUCAUUAGCUUGAGAGACUGUUGGAGCGACUAAUUAAAGCCUGCAGAGGAAGAAAUGGACCAAAGUGACAACCCCACUGCCACCCGUCCACACAGCUGUGAAACCACCUCUCCUGUAUGCUCUGAAGACAGAACAAGCCAAUUCAGCUCCUUUUGUCCUCGUGCCAUCAAUCAUCGUUGUUUAUGUGUCUCAUUUACUGAUUAAGCUAUGAUUCAUGUGAUUCACGAUCUGCAUCGAGGGAUGUAACCAAAACAACAACAUCAUCAUCAUCAUCUCUGCAUCACUGUGACUCUCCUAUGAGCACUGUGAUUGAAUUCCCUGGUGCGCCUCCAUCUCCCCUGUUUACCAACAGAAAGGGCCAACCAGGAAAAAUCAAAGUGCUCUUUGCUUUCACUUGUGCAGAAAGCCGCAGCAAAGCAGAAUGCCAAGCAGCAUAGAGAGGCACAGCUGCCUGGCCAUGUGCAGAGAGGACAGAGAUAAAUGACAGAGUUUAGACUAAUCGGUAUUUUGUGCUCGGUUUGUGACAUCUGUCCUAAUCUGGUGUCAUCAGAUCUGUAGAUUAUCCUUUUGAAGAAACCCUCAGAGCAAAAUUUUGUUUUAAGAGUGAGUGACAGCUGUGCAAAUUACAGUUUUAGGAAAUGCUUCUGCUGCAUAUUCAACUUCACCAGGUGUCUGAACAAUUUUCUGCAUUUACACUAAACACUUCCUCCUAGUUUUACUUCUCAUUCUUCAACAAGAUUCACUUCCUAUCUGGGAUCUCUCUUUUUUUAUUAGACACUAAUAACUCAAGCCAGUGCAGUUUUAGGGGUACGUAGACACACCAGGCAACAACAGGGAACAGAAAAUUACACCUCCCUUUCUCAUACAAACAAACAAUGAAGCAGUCGUGUUUUAUGCUUCGUUAUAACACAAAGGGCUGUUAUUGAUUUCACAUUGCAUCACGUAAUUAACCCCUAUUUGUGCAUAUCCUUGUACAUUGUGAGCUCUGCAGACAGAAUCAGUGAUGCAACCAUGCAGGGCCUCAUCGUAUAGCCCGAGGUAAUGAAGAGUCAUUCUAAAAACUGAUUGCUGUUUUGUAAUGUAAGGGAGGUUCCAGUAAUUCAACCACAGGAUUCUUUAUUGGACAGCCUGACUGAGCUUAAGGGUGUUGCAAGUACUUUUUGUAUCGUCACUGCUGAUACAAGUAUUUGAUUGUCAAAAAAUAGCAUGUUGGCGGUCCUUAGCUCUAUGUCUAUGCAAGUUUCGAGAUUUUAUGCUCUCAUUUUGAUGUCAAAAAUUGUUAGGGUUGUUGUAGUUCGGGUGAUUAAGUUAUUUCUCUCACAUCAUGGUUGUGUUGCAUUUUCUCUUGUUUUGUCCUCUGUGGGAAGUUUUAAUAGAGGCCUCUUUCAUUUAUGCUCACAACCAAAAGAGGAAAGGGUUUGACGAGGACGCCAAGGAAAGGAAAUAAGCUUCGGUUAAACUGACAUGUCAUUUCCUGGUAGCUUGUUUGGCGUUGGAAGACAAAGGAGGAGUGAGUCAGAGACUGAUGUGCAGCUUCUGAGCUGCUUGCUGGGGUACAACACUGACGGCUCAUCUGAGACCAGGUUCACUGGAACCUGGUACCCUGCUCAGCUGCGUACAAUGAGAGAUGGACUGGCUCACAAGUCAAUGCCAGUUGGUAAUGUACAUUUAACAUUGAUAAAACAUGAGAGGAAACAUGGAUAUACUAUGUUUUUACUGCUGAUACUACUCUUUCUAUCAAUUACUGCUGUAGAUUUUCAUUUCUAUGAAUGGAGGAACUGUUACAAUUAGAUUCACAUUAGGCAGGCAUUAAACUGGAGCGUGAAGUUCCUGUUUGCAUGUUGGAGAUCUGUGCUUGUGGUGUUUGUCACUCUGCUGCUUUCAAAGUAGGCUGCAUCAGCUGUAUCACGAUGUAUGUUGCUCAUUUGCUUGUGGGUUAAGGGGAAGUGCUAGGUUGAUCGUUGUACCAUGUGCUGUUAAAGAUGUUAUUUGUGUAUAGUGACUCAGCCAGUACGAAACGUCUCAUGUUGUCCCUAGAACUGUCUGCUUUUAUCAAAGCUGUGUGAAACAGGAAAAGUCAGAGAUAAUGCCUUUUUGCAUAUCAAGCAAAUGAAAAUCUACAAGUCCUUCCAUCAUACAGAAGAAAAAGGAGCAUUUUUCAAUGUUGUGCGUUUGAUAACACCGCUUGUCUCAAUCUUCAGGGGGCUGGGGGGAUAUUUUUAACAUGUGAACCACUUUGUGCUGCAAUUCCUCUUGUAUGAAAAGUGCUCUACUAAUAAAGUUUGAAGGUGAAGUUAAAGGAAUGGUUGUGGACGAUGGUGUGUUUCUCUAGUGAUCUGCAGUUUUCAAUUGUUGUUAUUUAGUCAAAGUAAGAUAGAGAGUGAUGUGAAGGGGAAGAGUGGCAGGAUAUGUUGUGCUGCAAAAACUGAUCACAGCUGUGAUAAUGGAUGUUGUAUGUAAACAUCCGUGUACAAUUGAAACUGUCUCAAAAGGUUACAAAGCACACACUGAUCCGAGACUCUUUUGUGCGUAAAAGGUUGUUUUGAAUGCUGCAUCUUGGAACUUUUUUGACGUAUUUUGAACUUCUGCCUGAAAUGAGUGUUAAAGGACGAUGUGAUUUGAACCUCCUUUUUGUGUAAAAGGAAAGAAUUGGCUCAUGUGUUCCUCUCUGUGUGUUACAUCUCUCUGCAACAUCCUGUUUCAAAAACAGGUCAUAUGGUUUAGUCAUAGUCGUGUUUUUCAGCCACAAUGUGCUACAGUUAAAUGCUCAACUUUGUUUUUGAUUGUUUAGCAAACAGGCGUGCUCCAUUGGAUACAUGUUUUUAACUUACACUAUGGGCUCACAUUCGGUGUCCUCCCUUCUGCAGAAAGAUGUGGGCUAUCUGCAGCAGUGGCUGGAGGCAUUUGUGGCAUCCUUUGAGAAGCUCAUUGAUGUGCAGUCGCUGGAGCCUCGGAGGUUAGUAGUAACAGUUAUUCAUUUUACUAAAACCACACAGCCAGAAGCUCCCACCAGGCUGAAUUCCCCAAAGCAGGAUGACCUUUGACCUCCUGUAGAGAUACCAUUUUGGCAUGUUUAUGUUAUGUGUAAACACAGCCCCUAUAAUAAUGUCUUUUGCUGUUCAACUACUGCCUUCUAUCCCCUCUCCUCCUCCUCCUCCUCCACCUCCUCCUCCUCCUCUAACCACCCAGGCAUGAGGAGUGCAGCUCCGAGGUGCCCCUGCUCCCCAGGGAGGUCUUGCUGUUCCUUAGCACCCAGCUAUGGCACAGUGCGGUGCACCUCACCGCCAGCACCGAGCAAAAUAGUAGCAUUCCUCAUCCUUUGCUACUCAUCAAGUUCUUCAUCAUUGUGUGCAGGUGAGGCCACACAGAUGUGAUAACACAACAUAUAGUUAUACUAAAUCAUGCAGUAAUACUGCUUUGAGUAUCAUAUUGUAAUCAGGCAAUAAUCACUGACAGAACACAUUGUUAUUUCUAUCAUCAAAAUGUUGUCAUAUUAUGUGUAAGAUGUUACAUAAGGAAAAGGAGAACUGCAAAUUUUCCAACGAAUGCAACGCAGAUUGUGCAAAGAGCCUGAGAGUAGUUGUCAGGAUGUGGCCCCUUAGAGUCGGUACAUUCAGUGUCUUUUUUUUAACUGUAGGAUAAAUAAAUUAAUAAAAUAAUUAAUAAUAUAAAUUACAUUUUUUCCCUCUUCUCUUAUAGGAACAUGGAGAACAUUGACCCAGACAAGACUCCUGGUUUUGUUUUCGAAACCAUCAAGCUCUUGAAUUUCUGUUUGGACCAGGUAAAGCCAGCAUAAACUAAAGCUAAUAAGAGGACACAGAUCCUGUUAUUUAUGUCCGGAUUUGGCUCCACAGCCUGCCCAGUAAAUCAUGCACACAAGGAUUAUUAAGUGCCAUUUCAGCCAAGCUAUACUGGAAUGUAAUAGACAUUAGAGGAACAGUGAACCGAUGCAGAGUGAAUUUUGUUUACAGUAUUUGUCAUCCUCAUGCAGAGAGACUAUGUUGACAGUAAAAAUUGAAGUGCUUGUGUAGUUUUUCUUCUUUUCAUUUAACAACAAUAUUUUGUUUUGGAUACAUAUGAAGAUGAGUUCUAGGUGUAUAAUGUGUGUUAAACCACUGUUUUGUGUCUUGACAGCUAAAAAAGGGACAAGGGGAGCAGUCAUCUCUGCAGCUGGUUGUGCAGUACGGACUUGUGCUGUGUGAGAGUCUGUUUGACCCUUAUCAGACGUGGAGGAGAUGCCUGGCAGGGUGAGUGUGUGCUGCUUGACCCUGCAGAUUACUUGUGUGAAUAUGUAGGAGGUGGAAUCCAGCCUCAUAGACUGACAGACCGUCUCAUGCAUUUAACAUCUUGCCCAACCUUUUGGCCUUGUGUGUUCUCAGAGAGGAGGUGAGCUUGCUGGAGAGGAACAAGUAUAAGUUCUCCCCACUGGCCCUGCCAGAGGAGCUGUCUGCUCUCUUCCAUGGUAAGACACUCCCUUCAUCACCCUGACAUACCACCCUCACAUACCACAAGAAUCAAACUGUUCCCACCACUGUCCAAACACAGCUUAGGUUGGUCGUGUUUGACCUGAAAAAUGUUGACCUUUAGAUUUCUCCAAACUACCUUUUAAAUCAUUCUUUGUUUUUGUUUCUGGGUCAGUGAGACGGAUAUUUAGGUUUUUAUAACUUAGUUUUAAAUUAUAAAUGUAACAUUGCUUAAGCCGAGGUAUUUCAAAUAUCAGGAGCCUUUGUGAUCAGUCAUAAUUAUUCUGUUAACAAAUGGGGCAAUCGCACUUUUGGCAAGUUUCUGUAUGUCCUAAUUUUGGGGGAUUAUUCUUUCAUACGAGCUUUAUUUGUUAAGAGCCGAUUUUGAAAUACUUUGCUGAUUAGGAUUGAUCUGUUUUUUUCUUAUUCAUGAAAUACUGAACAACCAAGGAGGAAUAUUUGGAUAAAAUAUUAUACUUUUUUGUUGCUACUCUAUUAAUUUUUAUUUUUGUUCCCUCUUGAUCUUUAUUAGAUUAAAAUGGCAGGGGUAGGAUUCAGUCCCAACAGACAAGGAACAAAACAAAACUACACGUUAUUAAGAUGCUAUUUUGCAAGCUUUGUUUUAACUUUUCUGUAUUUUUACAAAAGGAUAGCUUCUAAAAGAUAACAUUACCUCUUUACUUGAUUACUCAUUCACAGACAGUCUUCAGGAAAGCGAGCAGAUCCCAGAGCUCCUCACCCUGCGACUGGUUCACCUCCAGGGUGCUGUCAUCAGUGGAGCAAAGGUCGACUUCUUUAUCAGCCCUCUCCAUCAGUAAUUAUUCCACUGUCUGUGAAAAACAAAUACAUGACAAGUACUAAUUGAAACUGACAACAGGGGAAUCUCUUUGUUUUCACUUUCAGAAGAACGGCCUUCUCUCCAUCAGUCCUCGGUCUGUUGAGGAUCUGUUCUCUGUCCUGCGAGCUUGGUGCUGCCGGUCUUCUACAGAACCGAAAGAUCCACGGCUCCCACGGCUGACCCUGCAGUGCUUGACUGCAAUGAUCCACCUCUUGCACUCCAGCAGUCCUGCUGAGCGACAGGUGGAGAUCAGGACAGUACUGGAGAGCUUCUUCCAGCUCCUCAACUGGAAUCGUCCACCAAGCAGUGAAGAGCAAGACAGGCAGAGCUGGGAGGACAGCUUGAUCUCCCUGCAGAGCCAGAUGUUAAGUAAGAAAACUGAAUAAGUCUUAAGUUUUUAUUCUGCGGUUGUGACAAUGAUGCGAUGACUUAAAAUCUCUACUUUAAAUUUUAGCUGCUGUUCCUGAGAUCCUACAGUGCCCUGACAGACCAGUACUGCAAGCAAUCUUCCUCAACAACAACUGUUUCGAACACAUCCUCAGGCUCGUACAGAACAGCAAGGUCAGAGCUCAGUCCAUUCAAACAUGUCUCCCUGCUCUGUCCUUCAGUCAAUCUGCCUGUCUGUCACCUUUAUGAAAAGCUAUAUCUAUUUCCCUUUUUUUGCCCAAUGUCAUGACUGUAGUCUAUCCUCUUUCUGUUAGGUAAACAUUAAAUGUCAACAGAUAUACAUUUUUAAUUUGCUUCAUAAGGCUACAACAACAUUUGAUUUAAGCUGCAGCUCCAAAGACAACGGCCUGUCUCAGUUUGACAACAUUUACACAGCGGCUGUUUUCCUUUGAGGUCAGGCUCAGAGUGGGAAACUUAAAUGCUAUAGUGUUGUAAGACCAUGCCAGUUUGGAAGUGCAACAUAAAAAAAACUAUUAUCAGUUUAACUCUCCUUAAAUAUUAAGCAAAUUUAAAGAUAGUAACAUUUCUCAACGAUUAGCUUUCGAUUACAUAAACUAAACAAUAUGUUCUAUUGUUAGAAUUUGAUCUUAGAAAGGAUGUUAAACUUUCAUACUGUAUGUCAACCUCCUAAAAAAGGAGGAAAGUACCUUGUUUUUAAUUAAAGCAGGCUGGAUUCCCCCACUCACCCCUGUUUUUUUUUCAGUUUGUUGUCUUCUUAAGUGAGGGCUGAUGUUAUUUCUCUUUGUUGUAACCAUCAAGACACGAAAUUUACGGAAAGUAACAUAUGUGCGAACAUGGUCAAUUACCUCCAACAGCUGACUUUUUUGUCUAAUUGUCUGUUUUUGUGUUGUGUGUGCCUGCAUGCAUACGCCCCUGCAGCUCUUUCAGAGCAAAAGGUGUAGGCCAGAGCAUGAGGUUGUGAGUGACCUCACUACAUGUUUACUCACAGAGGUCGAAGUGGACCAGGUACUUCCCCCUUGCUUGGUGUGUAAAAAAAUGGUCUGUCAGCAGGAAACUCAGCCUUUUAUACACCUGUUAGCUUUUCUGAGCUGUUUGAACAGGAAGUUCCUAGACAGGAUGUCUCGCUGUAAAUAAAGCAGGUUACACGAAGAAGGUUGUCAGCUACAACUGAUAUUUCUCUAAAACUCCUCUGUCACGUCUUGGAUCAGGUUACUCACAGCCAGUUUUUAUGGCAUGUAUUCGUACAUAGUUGGAUGCAGUUUGAUUAAAGCCUGAACCCACUUUAUAAAAGGUUGAGCUGACCUUUAUUUGUCUGGUCGUGGUAUUUCACAUCAAUCGUCAUUAAAGGCUGAAUUUCCUGUUGACAACACUGGGCGAGAAGAGUAUGUUGUUGUUUUUUUUUGCAAUGCAUGAAACUUGUGUCGUUCAUUGCAUGUCAUGCUUCUCUUCCUCAAAUUUGGCUGCUGUAUUAUGUGACUGGUCAUGCUUGUAUGAAAAACCUGUCUUGGGACCUGGCCUGACCUUGGGUUUUGAUAUGGCCUAAUUUCCAGCAUUAGUUGGGGGUUUCCUCAUUCUUGUUUUUUUGGUGGAAGGCUUUGGUUUUUGCAUGCUGGGACCUAUCAGUAAUAAACAAAGGAGGGAUUGUUUGGUGAUUGGUACAGCAGUUCACUUACUUUGACCCACUCUGCUCCAAUAAUUUGUGGUUUGUGAAAAAUGUGGUGUGCUUCUUUCUUCUGCACUUUUCAGAUAAUCGGUACAAAACUCUCCUGUUUGGUCAUGUGUGGCUGAAAUUUGCACCUUUUUUUUGGAUGUCACCUUAUAACCAUGCACAAUUUUAGGUCUGUUUUGCUAUAAUAAGCGUUACUAAUUUUUGGUCAUAGGUUUUGGAGAGAGGGCCAGACAGUAUUACAGUCCAUGCCUUGGGUGUCCUCACAGCUAUAAUGAGUAACUCACCUGCCGCUAAGGUAAGGCCUAAUGUGAUCUUUAAUGGUCGUAUAUUUGUCAUACUCCUGUUUCUGCCUAAUGAGAAAAGCUGUUUUCCAGUUGAUGGAGACGUCUCAUUGUAUUCCCUUUUAAUGCAUAGAAGUGUGCCAACUAGAAAUCCCAACGGAGCAGCUUUCUUCACUCUAUUUCUGUCUUUUUACUUCUCAGGAGGUUUUCAAAGAGAGGAUUGGUUACCCCCAGCUGUUUGAUGUGCUGAAGAGUCAAGGUCAACCCACUAAAAGGCUGCUGCAGGAGCUGAUGAACAUGGUGAAACUCAUAUUUCCUCAUUAUCCCCAAUGAGCUCAGAGAUUGAAGAAGCCAAUUUCCUCUUGUUAAUAACCUUAUUCCUGUUUUAAUUGCAUUGCCCGUAAACCUGAAGUUAUGGACCCUGUCUUUGCCUUAUCUCUGCUUUCUCUGUGUUUGUCUCCAGGCAGUGGAGGGCGAGCAUGCCCAUGCCCACCACCUCGGCAUUAGUAAUGACCAACCUCUGCUGCUGCUGUUGCAGUGGCUACCUGACCUGUCGGGUCAGAGGGACCUGCAGCUGUUGGUGGCUCAGUGGCUGGCUGCUGUCUGCGGUGGCUCUUUAUCCUGUCGCACUGUGGCUGUGGAGGCAGGCAUGGUGGGAGCUCUGCUGCAGGUGCUCUCACAGCCCCAGAGUCUGGACAGACAGUGUGCAGACGCCUUGCUUGGCCUACUGCGGGACCUGGGCUCUCUGUGUCUUAGGCCAGAGGAGCUGAAGAGCCUGCUCAGAAUGCUCAGGGUGGAUCAGGACAAUGGUGCUGUUGUAGGGAAAGUGCACCCAUACUGUGCUCCCGUUAUCCGAGUGCUUUCUGCCAUGGCUGCUAGAGAGGGUCAGGACAGUGCCUUGCAAUACUUUGACCUUACGCCCCCCAUGGCUGGCAUUAUGGUACCCACAGUCCAACGGUGGCCCGGCAGUGGGUUUGCCUUUCACGCCUGGCUCUGCCUCAACAAGGAGUUUCCCUCAGAAUUCUCAAACAACCGGAAACCGACUGCAAACUCCAGUAACGGGGCGCAGCAUGACAUGGGAAAAGGACCACGCAGAAAGCAGCUCUACAGGUAAAGAAUACACUGAAUGAAAAGCUUUUGUAAACAUGGCUGCAUUGUUCAUAUUGACACUAAAUAUUUUUUCUUUUGUAAAGCUUCUUCACAGCAAGUGGAACUGGUCUGGAAGCCUUUUUUACCAUGGAGGGUGUGCUUGUUGUUGCUGUUUGCACUAAGAAAGACUACAUGGCUGUGCCCUUGCCUGAGCGCCCACUGGCUGACUCUUGUUGGGUGAGUUUGGGCAUGUGUCGAGAAGCAAACAUUUUGGCUAACAUUUGCCCCAGUAAAAAUAGAUUCAAUCAAGGAGGAAAUCAUGAACCAUUGUGGGUAAAUUGUGUUGUCUGUGCUUGUGACACUGGAGAAUAACUUUUGGAGGAAAUUGAAGGUACCUCCCGAAAGAAAAGUAGGUUUGAGAUUUGGUGUGGUUGAAUUACAGCUGUGAUUUGUUGGAGAUAGCUUUUCUCCUCUUUGUCUGGGAAAAACAAGAUUGUACUAUGAACACUAAACUUCAAAGGGAAAUGUGGUUACAGUAUAUAAGAAGUAAAUUGUUCUUUAUCAUCAUCCCAAACACAGCAUUCAGUGGCCAUAGUCCACAUCCCAGGUCGUCGCCCAUUUGGUCAGAACCUUGUAACCAUCUACAUCGAUGGUGAGCAGUGCAAAACUGCUCAGCUCCGCUUUCCAUCUUUCAGCGAGGUAAGUGAAACUAGAAUCUAACGUUCUUUAGUUGUGAAGAUAUCAUAUUAUUACACUCCACUUCCUUAUUUUUAAUCGAACUUCCUCUAUUUCUCUCCUUCCCAAAGCCGUUUACUUCCUGCUGCAUCGGGUCCGCAGGCCACCGUACCACUACCACCACUACCUCCCCCAACCUGCCCACAUCCACCUCCACUGCAACAUCACCUGAAUUUUCAUUCCCUGCCCAUGCUCCCUCCCUCAGCCGUUCCCAGUCCUUCCCAGCUUCCUUUGCAGGAGGCCGCUGGGGCUCUCUGGGAGACUCUCCAGUGCACACCAUCCCAGCAGGACUGCAGGACACCGAGUGGGGAACACCCACGUCUCUAGAUGGGCUCCUGGGCACCGCCUUCAUCUGCCACGAGGCUCUGCAGCCGGCACAGACCAGAAGUCUGCAUGCUGCAGGUUGGUCAUGCUGUGCUGCAAUGCAAAUGUUGUUCAUGCCGUGUGUUUCUAAUUCUAGUAGAAAAGACAAUCGGUGAAAAGAAAACACUGAGGUUCUGUUUGCAUAUUCUCUGACCUACAUUGUUUUCUUCUCUUCAUCACAGGCCCCAAUCACGUGUCUUUGUUCAAAGCUGAUGGAGAGUUGUCUGAUCUAAACAGCAGACUUCUGCUCUACUACACUCCACAGGUGACCGAAUGAAACUCAAGACAAAGACUAAUAUUUGAUGACAAAGCUAUCAUAUUAAAGUCUUUAGCAUUACCACCAAAACAAUGCUUUCAAUACAUGUUUUCUUCAGGCCUUCAAGAGCCAGAUUUGUCUGGACUUGUCACCCAAUCACCAAUAUGAUGGCAGACUGACAGGACACAGGGUUGUCAACUGGGACAUUAAGGUUAGAUAUCACACACUGCAUGUGACUUGAAAUUACAGCGAGAUUGGACAUUUAUUCCAUGAUUUCAGUGCUUUAAACUGAUGCUGGCUGGUUCUGUUAUUCUCUUUUUUUGUCUAGUCCUUAUCUUGAGUUUAACUUGUGGUCAAAUAGGAUUUCUGUGAAAGAAUGCCAAAAGUUUGUAUGGAUGUAUUCUUUUAUUUUCCCUGCAGGAUGUCGUACAUGUGGUGGGGGGCAUUGGGGUUUUGCUGCCCCUGCUUCAGCAGGUGUGUGAGGCUGAGCAUGCUUACAAUGGUGGCCAGGAGAUCUCAGACCUGCUAGGACCCGAGCUCACCUCCCCCAGAGGCCGUGCCGCCAUGCUGCUGCCACUGAACAAGUCUGCAGGUCAGGUCAUGUUUAGUUCAGAUAUUUCCAUUAAUCAUUGUAGAUUCACUGAGUUGAAGUGGUGGUAGAAAUAGUUUGCAAAUUCAGCCUCAAAGUAUCAUGAGUACAUUUUCUCAUGCAUCUUAAAGUGUAACUGUGUUGAUGUUAGUUCCCUUUUUCAGUUUGUAUAAGUGCCAAAUUCCAAAACUGAUAUUCUUGUGAAGUUCAGACUUGUUUUGAAUCACAGUUAGUCAGAGCUUACUCAUGAUUCAUGAUGCAAGAAUAACCAGGAAGUGUAAAUCAGUCAUACAAACCGGCAAAUACUAAAAUAAACAGCAAAACAAAAACAGAGCAUAGAUUGUUACUAAAUUUCUAAUAGGGUAAAUGUCAGCAACAACAUAGGCUUACCUAGUCAUGAAUGCAGAAUUGUUGACCUCAGCACAAAUUCAGACAUAAACACUAUCAGUUGAUGGAACAGACAGUAACCACAAAAGGGAGAUGAACCUUGGCCUUGGAGUGAUCACGUCUCAUGAGACAUGAUUAUGUCAACAAAGUGCAACGUGUGUAAAAAUAAGAUAGAGUCAUACAGGAAUUCCUAAAAGUUACUUUCUCUAUUGCUCGUUCUCAGAGGGCAGAAUGGAGAGAAACAGCAUUGCCGCCUUCCUAUUGAUGGUAAAAAACCUGAUUCAUCAUCAUCCUGUCAAUCAAGAGGGCUUUCUGCACUGCCACGGGCCGAGCAUCAUGGGAGCUAUGCUCAGCAAAGUGAGUAACCCGCACAUCAGUUUGCUUCAGCAAGGAGGAACUUAUUAGCAUCUGAAAGUGUUGAGUUGACCUUUUCUUUUGUAUUAAUGCAGCGUAAUUGCUGUGUAAUGAAUAGGUAGGGUGUUUCUGAAACAGCAGUGUCUCUUUCAGAAUGACAGGAUCACAUGCUUGUGAGGGGGAAUUUAUGCAGAGUUAGCCAGACUGUGUGGUCUCUGCAGCCGGGGAACAUAUGAUUUCAGCGAUAAAACCUGUUGCUUGAAACGUUUUGUUGAACUUGAAAAACUAGAUUUAGGUCUGAACAAUUGUGGUGCACUUCUGUUCUUAGUGUAAUAUGUUACUAGCACUGCUGCUAAGUGAGUCUCAAGCCACCAAACAAGCCGUCUUGUUCGGUUUUUCCUGAUAGAUUAUUUCUCUUCUCUUUUUUUCAGAGUAGAUUUCAUUUGUAUAGUCACGCUGCUGCAACUCUUGAAGAUCAGAGCCAAUCUGGUGCCAUGUCUGUGCGGCAACCACAUGCUUUUUUGCUUUACAGGAUAUGUUGAAAUAAAUGAAAUGAAGGUGGAGCAUCCUGAAAGGAAGCUGUGUCUUAACAAUCACACAUGGGUUGCCAGGUCUGACAGUGGCAUAGACUGAGACAAGCAGAGUGUAAACUUCGACAAAAACACUUCAUCAGUCUAUUAGUGUUUCUUAAAGUAGAGUCUUUAUGUUAAUGGACACACACACACACACAUUAACACAAACCACUCAAACCCCUCUGUUCUCUUGGCUCCCUCUGCUGCAGGUUCCCGGCAGUAUGAUGGACAUGAAUGUUUUAAUGGCAUGUCAGCUGCUUCUGGAGCAGGUUUUCAGCGAGGGCAACAGUUUACUUCUACAGCAGCUAUACCAGCACCUGCUCUUUGAUUUCCGCAUCUGGACUAAAAGCCAUUUCGCCGUGUGUCUGGGUAAGGCAAAAGCAGAUUGUGAUGUUAAGUAAUGCACCUGUGAACCUUUUCAUGAGCACCGACAAAUGUUUGUGUCUCUUUUAUGUGUAUAUGCAGUUUAAAAGCGCUGUGGAGCAGAGACUGAAUACAUUAGAGCCUCCAGUUCAGGCUGUUACAGAGAUUAGGAGUUAUCCUGUGCCUGAAGCUGCACUUUUGUACCUUUUUUUUGUAAAUGAGUGCACUUCUUCAAUAGAAGCCUGCAUAUUGGUCUGACAUUUCUAAAUGUCAAACAAAAGGGAGAUGACAAAAGUGUUCUUUUCCUUCCGAAGCUCAUGUGCAGUACCUGACAUCUGUGAUAAACAAAGGAAAGCAGCGCCUGAAGAGGAAGUAUGGGGUUCAAUAUAUUCUGGAUACCAUUCGCACAUACUACAGGUGAGCCCCCGAGAUGCACAGUGUUGUUUGAAUUUCAAAAAAGAAAUAUGUAUAUGCAAAUUUGUUUUUUAGUCUUGAAAACAUCAUCAUAUGUUUAUAAGAGAACUAUUCAUUUAUUUAUCCACUGAUAUUUUUGUCCACAGUGUGGAGAAGGACGGCAGCUCUCUGUCUGAUGAAAAACAGACAAUCCAGACCUCUCUGUUUGUCUUGUUGAAAGAGCUCCUUAAGUCUCCUACACCAGAAGAGCUCCACAGCCUCCUCGCCUAUGUCCUGACUGCCAGGGAGGAGCAGCAGGUAUGUUUUAUCUGGUUUCUACAGCGACUUAUCAUUUGACCUUUUCAGAGUGAAAUUUUAUCUUCCAUCCCUGAAUUUUCUCCCCAGUGAUCAUCCACAUUCUCAUGUUUUGGCAUCUCUGUCCUUUCACUCUGUUUUGCGUUAUCCUUCCUGAUCCACGUUUCUUAAAACUUCUUCAUCCUACUCUCUUGUAGGUGGUGAGGGCCUUGGAUAUAUUGUAUGAUCUGCUGAGGAGCAGCCCUCCUCGUGAGCAGGUGCAGGCUGUGCUGCUUGAGUGGGGCGUGGAGCAGUUGUACUGCUUGCUCCUCACUCAGAGCUUUGGCGAUGAGGCCAGAGAGAGAGUCUUCAGGGUGAGAACAAACUUCUUCAUUUACAGCAAACUAUCAUGUAAUGCAGAACUCCAGUUCCAAAAAGGCUUGGAUGCUGCGUAAAAUGUUAAAGAAAAACAAAAUUUGGUGGCGUGCAAAACAUUUAAACCCCAUAUGAAAUUGAAGAAGUGCAAAGAAAACAAAUUAAAUGUUGAAACUGAAAUUUUUUAGCGUUUACGAAAAAGUUUGGCCCAUUUUAAAUUAGAUGACAGCAACACAUCCCUAAAAAACUGGCACAUUUUGUUUACAUCAGUCCCCACUCUUACCUGAUAAAGGACCCGGGCUGCUAAACAGUAGGGUCUCCUUUGUGGUAUAUUCAACUUAAUAAUGUUUUCGGCGGGUUGAAGGUGGGGACGGUAGACAGGUCAAGUUGGUUUAUGGUCCUCUAUUUGUUUUUAUUUUUCAACAUUGCACAACUUUUUAAUUGCCUUAUUGUCCCUGCCCUGCCUUUUCUGACAUGUGCUGCAGGGAUCAAAGUUCAGAUGAGUAAAUAUUUUCAUAAAACAAUCACAAUUUUAAAUUUUCUGAUUAGUUAUCAUACUACAAUUUGAAAUAAAUAUGAGGGUUUUUUGAUCAACAUUUUACUCAGCAUCCCAGGAUUUUUGAAAUUGAGGUAGGAUUAUUCAAAUAAAAAACUUACACUAUCUCUUUGAGUUCACAGGUUUUGUAUAAAAUCCUCAAAAGUGAGCGUGUCUCUGAACGGAACAAACAGCGCAUCAAGCUGAAGGAUUUUGGAUACCUCGGCCUGGUGUUUUUCCUUGAGAACAUCCCAGUGACUAUGACCACAGUACGGUGUCUGUAUGAGCAGGUCCUCGCUACAGGUAAUUCUCAAGCAAUCUUGUGCCCAUACCUCAGGGCUUUUUAGACUUAAAGAAAAACAAGAGACAUUUUUGAGUGUUGAAGCAGCUGGAAUUUUUUGUUCUUUCUCUUUAGAAUUAAAUAAAUUAUAUAAAUCAAGCAAAUUUAUCGACCACAUCACCUGCUAAAUCUGCAGUUGGGGUCUGAUUGUAUGUGAGAUUGUUUUCCUAUCGAUGUCCUGAGCUGAUAUAUUCUUAGAUGAGCUUUGUAAUUUAGCAUCGGUGAAUUGGUACAGUAUUACAGCGUUUGUACGGUGCUGAUUUGUUCCACGUAAAUUCAAAGUGGAUUCAAUCUUAAAAUCAACUGAACGUGCAUCAAAGUGAGAUUUGUUUGCUGGCAUGUAAAAAAAAAGUGUUACCACAGAGUAAGUUUCCUGUACUAAAUGAAUGACUCAUGACUUAUGUGAACUCUGCUGCAAAUGUAGAGCAGAUUUAUUGAAACUGGAAAUCAACAGCUGCUUUUAACCACCACUAAAACCUAAAUCACAUAGAAAUAUAAACAAAUUACAGAAAUUUGACAUAAACUCGGUGCUAAAGUUGCAAGUGGAAAGUGUUGCAAUGAAGUUUUCCACAGACUUAAAGUUAAUUUGCUGCUGCCUCACAGAUGCAAAUCCAAGCUUCAGAGACCUUCUGGCUGUGGUCUCUCUGUCACAUCAGGCAGAGCUCACUGUCCGUCUGGAUGUCUGUCGUAAGGUCAGUCUGCUUAUACAUAGAAUUUGAAUUGUCAUCUGAAUCGUGUUUAUUUCUCAGUCAUAAAAAAAACAAGCUCUUCUCCUGUUUACUUCUCUCCAGCUCUUUCAUCUGAUCUACUCCAAUGAGGAAUACGUGAAGCAGCUCGCUCGGCAGCCCGGCUGGCAGGAUGUUCUCACCAAACUCUAUGUCAAAGAGUCGUAUGAGUACUGUCCUACCAUGAUUACGGACUCCGGCAACGACAGCUCCUUUGACCCAAACUUCCGGCCGCCGCUACGCAGGGAGCAGUCUCUGGUCAUAGAGGACGCAAACACCAACCUUUUUCUGAACUACCGCACCUCUCAGGACAUUGAAGACGAGGAUGAGGAGGAUGAGAGCGGUCGGCGGGACAUAUCUGAGGGAUUCUCCGAUUUAUCCCAGUCACCUCCAAGCGGAGGCGGAGGCACGCUAAAAAACUUCACCGGCUCACUUCAUUCUAAAUCCUUUGAUUCUGUGGAACAAGGGAGCCACUCAUCUUCAAUCUCCAAUGCGGUUGAUAUCACUUCAUCUCGUCCUGAUGAGGAAGGGAGGGACUAUCAGCCCCUCUCUCCUUUCGGUACAUCACCCUUUGAUUUGGAGCUAGGAGGAAUGGGGGAGACUGGACCACACACUCCUGCAGGUAGUCUGACAAACACACCAUCUCCUCUGGAGCACUGCAAACCUUUUCCACCACUCAGACCAAGGAAGAGCUCCAGUCUGUCCAACGUACUGGAUGAUACCAGCUAUGGGACAGAUCCACCCACUGGGGAUACAAUCUCCAACACAUCAAACCCACAGGUACCAGUCCUCCUGCUCAGAUUUUACCAGGAAAACUCUCAUUAAAAGUCUUUUUUUUAUGAGAGUAGUUGGCUUUGGUGCUGAGUUUGGUUUGUGUUUUAGCAGACCCCUGAGGAGGAGCUGUGCAACCUGCUGACCAACAUAAUCUUCUCUGUGCUGUGGAAUCGCAGCGGGGUGGAGGGGACAGAGGAUGUGGUGUGGAGAGAGAGAGGACAGGUUUUUUCUGUUCUCACCAAACUUGGUUCCUCCUCCCAACUGGUCCGUCCACCUGACGAAAUCAAACGCAGGUCAGGAACAAAGAUUUGAAAUGAAGCGAAGCUGUCCCACACAAAGCAACAAUAACAACAACACUGAAUCACACCUGUUUUGUCUUUUCUCUCAGUGUCUAUCAUUUCACACCAGGGGUGAUAUAUAUUAAAAUGCUGUUCUUUCACUCCAGCCUCUUAGAGAUGAUGCUGGAGUCAUCUCUAUCAGACCUGAGGGAGGCUCAAGGAGCGUCUCUGCCUUUCUGUCCCAGCCUGGUUCGCCUCCUCAGGCUGCUGCAGGACUUCCUGUUUGCUGAGGGAACAAACAACCACAUGCUGUGGAGUGAAAAGGUAUAUGGUUUAUUCCACCCAAAGUUUCAUACUACAUUUUGGCUUCAAGUUACCCCAUUCAGUUAAAGAGCGUCAACUUAAAAAGAUUUGAUGAAAGGAGAUGAAAUGGUUUCUGGAUCUAUUCUUUGAGCAAAGAAAGAUGUCGACCAGAGAGUCGACAGGAACAUGUUUUAGUUUUGCCAGGAGUUGAAUUAUUAAAAUGACCAUACUCUCCUGCCUGUUAAAAAUGUUAGCUCGCUUAGUUAGCUUAGUUAGCAAAAAGAGCGUUGGGGGGAAGCUAAUUAGCAUGACGUUAUUAGUUGUUUUCUAGCCAUAGGUAAGCUCAAACAUAUCUUCGUGGAAUAACUAAACAAGAUACACAAUCUUAAUGAAUAUGAUUUGCUCUCUAUAAACCCCAGUGGGAUCUGAACAACUCCAGAAUUAAAUAAAGGCUCACUGCUCAGAGCAACAGCUCACACGUAACGUCCCGUCAUUUUUAUGUCCUGUUUUCAAACACCAGGUGCAACAAAGAGAAGAUUGUUUUCUUUGUUUCAUGUUGAAACAAGUUUUAUCACAGUUAGUAAAAAUAUUGUAAAAUGAGUUACACACAUGAUAGAUAUAAAUAUAUAUAUGUAGGAAUAACAUUUCAUGAUGCAGAUGCUAAGGUGGUUUGAGGUCAGUAUUAUGUUGAUAUUAAUGCUUUGGCUGAAGACAUUACACUAUUUGCAGCUAGGUGUGGUUGUUUUCAGUUGGCGUUCAGUAUCAGGGGAAAUAUUCCUGUCCUUUCUGACUGCAGGGUGGAGAGUCCUGCUUGGGUGUAGGUGACUUCUGAAUCACCUUUUAAAACGCAGGUUAAGCUGUAUUUAAUGUACUGAAUGGCUGUAGGUUGUUGUUGAUGCUUCAAGGUGUGGAAACAGGUCUAGCCUUUUCUCUUGAGCCUUUUGUUAACAGUUGAUGUUGCAUUGCAGAUCUUUGAGGGGGUGGUGAACCUGCUGGACAGGUUACAGGCUUGGCAUAGCACCCCUGGCAGCCCCGGGAACGUCGAACUGAAGGAAAUGGCACAGAUCGGCCUACGUAUCAUCACGGCUUACAUUCAUCAGCAUCACUCUCCGGUCAGCAACUGAACUUUUCCAUCACCCAGUCGAAUAUAUCAACCAAAACUGCCAAAUAUUUCCCCCAUUAUGAGUCUCUUAUAACCCAACACAUGUGUAGCUGAACUGAGAAUAAAUCUAAAGGAGUUCAUGUUAUUUAUUUCACAUGAUCAUCACAUAGAUAACACCAGCGUAAAAAAUACCAGUCCUUCUAUGGCUCUCUUUUCGUAGACGCUGCAGGCAUUCCUCCGAGGGAGUGUUUCUGUAUUAAAGGGCAGCUCCUCUCUGAAUUAUGACUGAAUCUAAAGCUGCUGUGGGAUUGUGGGAUAAAGAGCAGUCAUAAAUGAGCUGACCAUGAGAGCUUUCCAUCACAUCUCUGGUUCAGUCUCAAGUGGUACAGCUCCCCUUAAGCCAUUUGUAUUUCAAAUGUCAAGUCUGGAAUAAAUUAAACUCAAUUGCUCCUGACAUAGAAGCUUUGACUCACAUGGAAAUAGCCCAAUGCUACUGAAGAAGAGUGAUUAUUAAUUUUCAGAAGUGGAAUGUAGUUAUAACAUUCACCCGAGUGAUACUGUUACACACAUCUAUGAAGUACUCGCUCUUCAGUUUAUGCUGCUGCGUCCCUCUAGUCCAGUUUAUUUUAGACAGCGUUAUCAUUUAUCAUAUUCUUUUCAUCCACUACACCAAAACAGCUUUAUCUUGAUAUUCCAGUCAAACAUGCUGAUAGAAUAACACAAACAUGAGAAUGAAGCAAUCUAACCCUCAUGUAUGUUCCGGGUCAAAAAUUGCCCCAUCAAAGAGUUCACAGAGCAGCUUUCUGUCACAGAAGGUUCUCUUGACUAGUUAGGUCAUUUUGACCUCUGUCUAGGUGUGUCUGUGUGACUGUAUGUCUGUGUGCGUGUGUGUGUUUGUGUGUGUUUCUGUCAAGGUAAUGAUAGUUUCAUAAUGAUUUGAAUAUAUCUUUUUGAAAAACAAACCUUAUAAUGAACACUGUUGUUACUGUUUGUCACUUGUCCCACACUGCUAGAUCUAAAAUCCAUCUAAAUAUAGAUACGGGUCAAAUUUGACCCGUAACAGCCUUAGAGGGGAAAAAUUUGUAGCACAUAAACAAAAAUACACAUGAAUAUUUUUAAAUUAAUUUCUUGUAUUUUGGGCAACUUCAGGAAAAGUCAUCAAGUUUCAAGCUUAAAAAAUGAUGUUUAGGGUGUUUUUACUGCUGUUAAAAGUCAAAACAGGUCAAAUUUGACCCGAACAGUAUGUGAGGGUUAAAUGCUAUUAAAUAGGUCCAGUGUCAAUCCCCUGCAGGACUGGAAAAACUUAAUCACUUUAAAGUAUUUGUUGUUUUGUUCAGUAUAUUUCUUUAAGAGCUGUAUGUUGAGGCUGUUUGUAAAAAGGCCAAAUAAGUGAUUUCCCUGUUGCCCUACUUCAGGUGCGUGAAAUGGCCUACUUGAAGCUCCACAGUCUCCUACAAACAGUGCUGUGUCUAAGCUGGGAGGAGGUAUGCUUCCUGCUCGGGCAGCUCGGCUCCCCCCUGUGGCCAGGAGGUGGAAUUGACGGCAACAAUUGUGAAAAAGCAGAGUCUUUCACCCAGCUGGUCCCCAUUGUGCGCACGCUGCUGGACCAGCAUGCUGACCCCGUCGCCCUCCAGAACCUUCUACCAAACCUUCCCAUCACAAAUGGCAGCGCCACCUUCGCCCAGGACCUGAAGACUUACUGCCACACGCUGGAGUGGCAGGAGUUCUUCCAACAGCAGGUCAGUGUCCAGCUGACAUUGUGUAUUUAAAAAUAGGUUGAAUUUAUCGUAAGUUUAUGGAAUCUGGAGAAUCUCCUCUUCAGCGUUUGGUGAGACUAAACAAGUGAAAUAAAAUAAACCAUCCUCUCUUAGAUACAGCUGCUUGAGUCACAUUAGAUUGUACGCUUUGCAGCCUGUCUCCAAGUCUGAUCAGUUUAAAUCCUCGUGGGUGGCUAAGAAAUCGAAUCCAAAAUUUACGAGAUGCUGUUAGAGUAAAAAGGUAGAAAAAACUCAACCCCAAGAGUUUCUAAGCCGACCCUUGAAUGUGUUUUAAGUAGACAUGAGUGUAUCUUCCAACCUCAAGCUGACAUAUUUUAUGAACAGACACCAGACGAGCAAAACAUUCACUGAAAGAUGGUUUUAUCACGGCUGUGUAUGACAGUCCAUAAUCAUAAAUCUGUUUUGUUAAGAUUGUCUCUGUAUACAGAUCCUGUGAUGCAUUAGCCAGUAUGGUAUGAAUUUGGCUGCCAUGACGGUAAAGUCUGGGUGUGCAGUAUGCAGUUUAGGAUGUAUAAACUGUAUGUUUUAAAGGGAUGUUAAAGAUGUUCCCUCAAUGUGUGCUUUUAUACAACUGAAUGGCUUAAAUAUGUAACAGCCAGGCAAUAAAUUAAUGGAAAAUAACUGAAUAUUAAUUUAAACAUCGAAGUGUUUUAUUUUUGUAUAUAAAAAAGUCCUUUACCACUGGUUUGUUGUUAAUUGUACGAGGGUUUUUCUGUUCUCCUUCUCAAAAUGUGCAUCUAGGUUCAGCCCACCAUGGAGCUGUAUGAGCUGGACACAUUUGGAAGAAGCCAUGACAUCAUGUCCAACUUCUGGAACUCCUGCUUCGAUGACCUGAUGAGUACAGCUUUUAAACGGGACAAAGACAGAUCAGACAGCAAGAAUAAGUUUCAGGUUAUAAAGCUUUUUAGACUGAAUUCAGCAAACAUUUACGUGGAUUAUAUUCUGUGUUAGUGUUCUGCAUAGCUGAUCUGAUAUUUGUGUCUUUUUCUGUGGAAGCAGGAAGUGAUCGUGGACCCCUACCUGAAGCGGGUCAGAAGUGAGAACAGCAGGUACUCCAGUUGUCAGAAGCAGAUCUCCAGCCAGCAGGGGGUGGUGUGGCAGCACUGGAAAGCUCUCCGCAGACUCCUGACCAGUGAGAGGGGAGCGUGGGCCAUCAGGUAUGGCUACUUCAGGUUUUAUAUGACAAAUUCGAUAAUAUCACCCUUAGAACAAACAACAAUGAAAUAUCUUUUUCAAAGUUUAACAAACAGUAAGGUUUUGUCUGAAACUAUGCUGGAAUUUUGCUGAUCAUUGCCCAGACUGGUUUGGUUUUUCAUUUUUCUUUGCCAUAUUUUUCACAGAGUUCAGCCAGAGGUGAAACUGAAGCUGUCAGGCGCAGAAACUUAUUCAAAGAUGCGUCUCAAACUUGUGCCCAACUACAACUACGAUCCUCACAGUGAGGCUAGUGCCCAGAGGGACAACAUGGGUAUGUCACUUGGUAUAAAGAGGAUAUUGUAGCUCAUGCAAACCUCGUGCCUUUUAAGUAGCAGAACAAACAGAACAAUGGUUUUUGUUGUUUGUGUGAUUUUCAGGAGCUGACAGCCCCCGUAGCUCUGAGCCCCUCCAUGUGGCCGUUGCAAAAGAAGCCAAAGUCAGCGACAUGGAGGACGAUCAGCUUGGAGAAGAGGAUGUUGUCUUCUUGGAUGAUAAGUAAGUCCCCAGUUUCUGUAAUUUUAGUUCACAUGACACAAAGAAAAAUGUAACAUCAGGUGAACAAAGCAACGUUUUAAUGUGCAAAAUUUCACCAAACAGUCAUUAAAAUAAUUGGAAAUUCCUUGAAUAUUAUGUUAUUGUUGUGUUUGCUUGUAUAAGAUGUGCAAAUCGAGUAUACGGUUACAUUUUUCUCAUGCUUUCAGGGCGGAGGGAGAAGACGAGAGCCAAAAAGAAAAACUGGUCUUGUCUGAAGACUGUGAACUCAUAACUAUCGUGGCUGUAGUGCCAGGUCGUCUGGAGGUCACCACACAUCAUCUUUACUUCUACGAUGGCAGCAGUGAGAAAGAAGAGACUGAGGAAGGUAAGACAAGAUGCAACUGUGAACACGUCAUCUUUUACUUGGUUGAAAAAGUCCAUUCAGAAGCUGACUAUCUGUUUUUUUAGGAAUCGGGUUUGAUUUCAAGAGGCCUCUGACUCAGCUCAGAGAAGUCCACUUGAGGCGCUACAACCUGCGGCGAUCUGCUCUGGAGCUGUUCUUCAUAGACCAGGCUCAUUACUUCAUCAACUUCAAAAAGAAGGUGUCACUUAAGUCGAAAUAAAACUUCCACUGCUGCUUUGUAUAGUUAAAAAAAAUACUGAAAAACUCAUGUUUGCUCUAUCAGGUACGAAACAAAGUGUACUCGAGGAUCCUGGGGCUGCGGCCCCCAAACCUCUUCUACUUUGGCUCUCGCUCCCCACAAGAGCUGCUGAAGGCAUCUGGACUGACACAGGUUUUAUUCAGUUCCUCAUAAAGCUGAGUUAUAAUUGUGAAUUGUCCUUUUUUUAAGACUUACCUGAUCUAUUUGUGUCGUACAGAAAUGGGUUUACAGAGAAAUCUCAAAUUUUGAGUAUUUGAUGCAACUGAACACCAUCGCUGGACGAACCUACAAUGACCUGUCGCAGUAUCCUGUGGUAAGUGCUUUGCCUUGACAGUGUUUGUCACUCGUGUUUAAGAGCUGUUUUUGGUGAUGCACUUUUCAUGAGAGGAACUAUCAAAUUAAAGUUAUUUUCUGUGGUUCCUCUCAGUUCCCCUGGAUCUUAUGCGACUACACCUCCCCUAUUUUGGAUCUGGAGGACCCGUCAGUUUUCAGAGACCUGUCCAAACCCAUAGGUGUGGUCAACCCUCGACAUGCACAGAAUGUCAGAGAAAAGUAAGUCGUUACUUUAAUAGAAAUAAUAAUAAUUUUAUUUCAUAAAAAAGGAAAUACUACGAAGACCCCAGUGAUUAUCAGCCUGCUUCUCUUAUUAAUCAUGACCACAGAUUUUAGCAAAGGUUCUCAAAGAAGGCAUAUCUCACAUAAACCGUACUGGAUUUAUACCUAAUUAUCAUUUCGCAUGACUCUAUUGGCCCUUCAACUGCUCUGUCAUCGGAUGCUGCAAAAACCUUUAAGUGUUUGGAAUGAAGUUAUCUUUUCGAAGGAUUUUAAAAGGCUGGCUUUUAAAAAAAAAAAUGCAUUUCUUGGAUUAAGACACUCUUCAUGCAUGUGCAGGAGUUUAUAGUAUUUCUUAAUCUGAAGGAGUGAAACUGCUACUGUGAGGUCAAUUAUGUGUUAUGAUUUGAAAUUGUAUUAAUUGCACUAAUAUCAGCUAAAAAAAAACAAUCCUGAAGUCAUUCAAUCUGUGUUUUUGUUCCAUAGGUAUGAGAGCUUUGAGGACCCGACUGGCACCAUUGAUAAAUUCCACUAUGGCACACACUACUCGAAUGCAGCAGGAGUCAUGCACUACAUGAUCCGCAUGGAGCCCUUCACGACUCUGCAUAUUCAGCUGCAGAGUGGCAGGUGGGAACGCUGUCUGGUUUUAAUAUCUAAUCAAAUUCCCAGUUUUUCUGAAUGUGGUUUCACAUCAGCGCAUCCUGCGGUUGUUUAGGUUCGAUUGUGCGGACAGACAGUUCCACUCUGUGGCAGCUGCCUGGCAGGCCCGUAUGGAGAGUCCAGCUGAUGUCAAAGAGCUCAUCCCAGAGUUUUUCUAUCUCCCAGAGUUCCUGCAGAACAUGAACGGUGGGAUGUCAAAGAUUUUUGCCUCUAAGUCGCUGAAAUACCUCAAGUCUUGAAUCGGAAAAGCUCAUGUACGCCUUCCACCUCUGUUGUAGGCUUUGAUCUGGGGCACUUGCAGAUGUCUCAGGAGGCGGUGACAGAUGUUCUGCUGCCUCCCUGGGCCACAUCGAGAGAGGACUUUAUCAGGAAACACAGGAAAGCUCUGGUGAGUCCACAUACUCAGUCUUUUAAAUCAAGCUAUUUUUCACAGUGUUGAAACAGCUCUGUAAGAUAUUUAAAAAUCAUAUUCAACUCUAGGAGUGUGAGCAUGUGUCCAGUCACCUCCAUGAGUGGAUCGACCUGAUCUUUGGAUGCAAGCAGAGAGGAGAGGAGGCAGUGAAUGCUCUCAAUGUAUUCUACUACUGCACCUACGAGGGUAAGGCCAAAGUCAUAAUGUUUGACUUGAUUUAGCUGCUGCCAGUUCAUCUUAAAGUCCUCUUUGCUGCUCUUUAUGUCCUCAAACUCUAUUAAGCGUGGCUUUUGUGCAUCUUUAUUUCGACUCACUAACCCGUCUUGUUUCUCUGCAGGUGCAGUUGAUCUGGAUGCAAUCGUCAAUGAGACCGAGCGGAAGGCCCUGGAAGGGAUCAUCAGCAACUUUGGGCAGACGCCCUGUCAGCUCCUCAAGGUACAACCUCUAAAUCAAAUCCCGGCCUCUUCUUCUUCUUACUCGUAGGAGCCAUAAUUUUGCUUUGCUUAUCAGUUAUCCUGUGUUCAGUUACUUCUGUCUAGUUGCUAUUGGUUUCCCUGUGUUUGGGUCACAUGGGCACUGUGUUUAAGAGCCGGUAGUUUAUAUAAGGGGCGGUCUUACCUGCACUGGGGUGGAGAGGUGAGCCUAGGUAGCUGUAAUUUUUGUUGACCGUGCUUUAUGUUCUUUUUUUGCAUUGAUACACGUCGCAAGGUGUGCACGUAUUCUGUCUGAUAUGAGCAUGUAAUCAUUGUUUUUUUAGUUUGGACCAAGAAUUUUAAAGACAUAAAACUUUUACAUUGAGGGCCUUAAAGAGGUUACAAGCACAAAGUCACAGAUACCUUUGCUUGGCUAUUGUUUAACACGUUGUUCAUGUGCCACCAGGAACCUCAUCCUCCUCGCAUGUCGGCUGAGAACGCAACAAGGCGGCUGGCCCGUCUAGACACUUUGCCCCCAAAUAUCUUUGAGCAGCUCUCAAAACUCCGUCCAUUCGUUGAGGUGGGUUAAAAAAAAAUCACUUUCAAUUCCUGUUAUUUCAUCAUGGCUAUUUUGUUACAUCUCUGUGUUUGUGUGCGCCUCAGGUUGUAAGCGAUGGCCUCCCUCUGGUCCAGGCAGUGGUACCAAAGAACCAAAACCGCUCCUUCAUCAUCCAGGGCUCAGAUAUCCUGGUGUGUUUCCUCACAUACAAAACAUAGUCAUGAUGAAAAUCAAUCUUAAGUCAGAACAUUCUUAGAUUGUGGAAGUUUUUCCUCUCUCCAGGUGACCGUGAGCUCAAACGGGUUGAUAGGGACACAUAGCUGGCUGCCGUAUGACAAAAACAUCACCAACUACUUCACCUUCACCAAGGACCCCAACAUAACCAAUCCCAAGUGAGUCAGAAAACAUACAGAUGCAUGAUAACAUUUUAUAUAUGCCAAAAGAUGCAUAAAACUGUCCUGACAGUGUUCCUCUCUGAAGCUUCAAAUCUGUUGAACCACCUGAAUUUAGCUUGAAUGGAUUUUGUUGUAAACUGACCUUGACAUGGAUUGUGGAUCUCAUAAACAUGAAGUAAAACAGGAUUAGAACUGUUUGAAUGCUGGGUCUCUUCAUGUGCAGAUAAUAAAUCUCAGCACUGAGGCCACAUCUCGCCCUCACCUCUAGUUUCUGACUUGGCUUUUAUCUCCCCAACAGGACGCAACGUUUCCUGAGAGGACCUUUUGCUCAGGGGAUGGAGAUCAGUGCUAAGGUGCUGGUGGUGUCCAACGACGGACGGCUGCUGUUCAGUGGUGGACACUGGGACUGCAGUCUGCGAGUCACCCAGUUGGGAAAGGGCAAGUUAGUGGGCAGGAUCUGCAGACACAUUGGUGAGUUUUUUCUAUCAUAUUUCACUUGCAAAUAAAGUAUUUGUGUUCUGUGCAUCAGUAAAAUAUUGGUUUGCAUAUUUCUGUGUUACAUAAAGAUGUCGUUACCUGCUUGGCUCUGGAUCUCUGUGGCAUCUACCUCAUCUCUGGUUCAAGGGACACAUCCUGUAUUGUGUGGCAGGUUCUACAGCAGGUAAAUCCCUUCAACCUCUACUAGGCUCACCAACACAUUUGAAUGAAUUUCUUAAAGCUGCCAUUAAAGUUAUAACACCACUGAUCCUUCUUUUAUGCCACUCAGGGUGGCUUCUCCAGUGGCCUGUCUCCUCGGCCAGUUCAGGUUCUCUGUGGUCACGACCAAGAGGUCACAUGUGUGGCCAUCAGCACUGAACUGGACAUGGCUGUCUCAGGGUCGAAGGUGAGCUGGAAAGUGGACCACAUAUUUACAUAUACAGUACAUACAGUAUUUACAUAUUUUUUCAUGAUUGAAGUUUUUGUUACAAAAUAUUUCCUGGUUAUGAAACAGACUGAAAUGAAUACUAACGCAUCUUUAUGGCCUUAGAAAUGAAAACAAGACUAUCAGCGUAUAGACAAAUUAUUUCUAAAGUUAUUUUCUAAUGUCUAAAAUCACUUUAGAGUAGUUGUCAGUUUAAGUGGUGAAACAACAUUGCCAAAAUUGCCUUUUUUACACUCUUACAGACGUGACUUAAAGUGGGUGUUAAUUUAGCUGUUGGAAGAAAGACGAAUACGUUUUGUUUAAUUUAUUACUUAUGUGGCGUAGGUAUGGCUCAGUCAGUGGGACAGGGGCCCUAUCCACUGUGAGCAAUAGACGGCUAUUAGACGUCUAGUGUUUUUUAGAUCUAAUUUCAACUGUCUUGAUUCUGUAUAUUUUUAGACAGAAUUUAGAUGUUGCACUUUAACCCAUUAUUUGAUAACUAUUUAUUUUAAAAAGCAAUUGUGAGUUGCAUAACUGAUCUCCAAGAAGCCUGAUUUUAGACAGGUUGUCCAGGCUACAUUUAGAUGUCUAUUAGACCUCUUCUAGACCAAAAAUGCUCAGAGGGAUGUUUGAGCGACUUAGUUCUGGUCCCAGAAUGAUUUGUUGUGUGACUCCCCCGACUCUCUGUCCAUGUUUCCUUCUCCUCCUCCAUCUGUCCUGUCAGAUAAAGCUCAAUAAUCAAGCUUUGAUUUAUUUAAUUUCUAGAUUAAUUAAGCUGUUUAUACACCAAAGUGCAUUUGAAAAGAAAGAACAAAAGAAAUAUGCUUUGAAGCAAGUUUUGACAUUUCUGUAUUAGAGGCCUUUUUAUUUUUAUAUCUCUUUAAUUGUUUGAGUUCGGAAGUUUAGUGGUAGUGUACAAAACCGGGGUUAAACUAAAAACCCAGAAUGCUUUGAAAUAUUGCUUGAAAAUCCUCUGAGAAAACUGUGAUACAGUUUUUUUAGCAGAUCGAUUGUGAUUCCCAUCUACAGAAAACAACCACAGAACACGAACAUUUAAAGGUAGAAGACACAGAUGUUUUUGUCUUAUAGCCUGUGUCUGUUUUUGUCUGGGGAUUAAAACAAUAAAAUCAACCAAGGAAAACCUUUAGUUGUAGAUGACUCUUGUUUUGUUUUUCAUGUUUACCAGUAAAGUAUUGAAAUCAUCAUAAAAUCUGUGAUCACUGGCUGCAGCGUAGGGAGCUCUAGUCUACUUGAGCUGCUAAAAUGCUUGAAAAGUAGCAAAAAACAGCAAAUGAACAGCUAACUGAGCGUCCAUGCAGUUUCAAAAAGAAAACACAACUCACAAAAUACAGUCUUGUUGCAACGGUGACCUUCAUACUGACCCUCACUUGCUGUUUUCUGUUGCAGGACGGGACUGUGAUUGUGCACACUGUUCGACGAGGCCAGUUUCUGCGAACACUGCGGCCUCCAGGUGAAAGCUGUGUGCCUGCACAGAUCUCUGAGCUUCAGGUUGGCAUGGAGGGUCAUAUAGUGGUUCAGACCUCCAUGGAGGAACACAUCCACAGACAGGUACAUUCAGCACAGCGCAUAAAUAAACAGGAGAAAGGAAAGAAGCCCAAACAAGUUUCACAGCAUGUUUUCUAAGCACCCAAUUUCUGCUUCAUCUUUCAGGGAAAGUAUUCCAUUCAUGUUUACUCUGUGAACGGCAGUCUGCUGUCCUCUUCCACCCUGGAGGAGCAGGUGACCGCUCUCCACUUGGUGUCUGAGUACAUCAUCCUGGGAACAAUCGAGGGCAACCUCCACAUUCGAGAUUUAUACAGGUAGAGAAGCAAAGAAAAGACAAAGCUGAAAAGUUCCAGUCAGUUUGCAAAAUGAAUUCAGAGUUGUGUUUGUAAAUGUGUUUCUCUUAGUUUAACGUCUUCUUUUUGACAGCCUGGACGCUCCAGUACUGCCUCUGGCCUUAAAGGUUCCUGUUCGGUGUGUAUCUGUCACCAAAGAGUUCAGCCAUAUCCUGGUGGGACUGGAGGAUGGGAAGUUAAUAGUGGUGGGGGCAGGGAAGCCAGAGGAGGUGAGAACCAGGAGAUACAGCGCUUGUAAGAUGUGGGAGUGUGGCUGUGUUGCAUGUUUGUAUGUGUGAAAAGGAGGAGGGGAGGUGGGUAAUCAUAUGCUAAGUACUUGUUGCAAACCAGGUUUUUUAAAUGAUAAUUGAGAGACUUAAGUCUAACAUCUCUGUUUUAGCCCUUGAGGUGAAGAUUAACAUGUCCUCUCUCUUGUUCUCAGGUCCACUCAGGACAAUUCCCACGCCGCCUCUUCAGCACACGCCGCAUCUCUCAGGUGUCUGCAGGUGAAACAGAAUACAAUCCCCCUGAGAAUGCUGGGAAAUAGGAUGAGUAAUGGCUGAAGACCUUUGAGGACUCAUACCUGCACCACUGAGAUGCUCACUCGACUAAACGUGGCCUUCCUUCCUUCCUUGACAUGCUGAGAGACAAACUGUCCGCCUCAGUCACUGAUCUCUCUGAGAGAGAAACUAUACACUUAGCACUUUCUUUAUUCCUUAAUGAUUUGAUAUUUUAUUGUGUAUUUCAAAUAUAGCUGUGUAAUGUUUUUAAUCAGCAUCAUUCCAAAGAGUGACCUUAUUUAGCGGAAGGAGGUGGAGCUCGGUGUUUGAGGUUGUGAACUGAAGCGGUGAGUCAUAUUUCAGGGAUGUGACUCACGCUACACUUAGAAAAGAGUAACUUCUGUGAACUCUGCGGACUCUGUUUCUUCUCUCGCCAGAGGAACAGCUGUGAUCCCUGCGCUGUUGAAUGUCCCAAAGCCAUUGAUUGGCGAUGGCACCUUCUUAAAAAAAACUCCUGGACACUUGAAAACUAUUGUAAAUGUUGAUUGAGAUUUCUAUAGAGCAAUACUGUUAAAUACCACAAGAGGGUUGACUUUGUAAAGAAAGACACCAGGGGUAAACUGAUCACUAGUGAACCGAUGUAUAACCUAUUCACUGAUCCUGUCACCAGAAGUGCACCACAAUAUAUAACUCUGCUAUCCUUUCAGCUCUAAGCAAUGUAAACUCUUUACAGUUACAGAAAUGAUUGCUUUGAUCGUUCAGUGUGAGAUAUAUAAUGACUUUUUUUUCAUGAUCGUGGAGCUUGAAUAUAUUGAAACUCACAAGAAGAGCCUGAAGAUGCCUUACACACACACAGAGGAUAAAAGGCCUUUACAAAUGUGUCUGCACACACUGUUUAUCACAUGACUAUAUCCCUGUUUCAUUUGAUCAGAAAGUGCCUUUUUCAGCUUGUGUCUUUGAGCCAUGUAUAAACACUGAAUUUCAAUCAUUUAUUUCCAUGUUAGAUCACCGUGUGUCAAGUUUUAACCGAUUUUAAACACACCUUACUGCUCUAACACGACUCGGAGGUGGAUAAAAUGUCGUGAAUAAACUCAGUAAAAUUGUCGGCUGGAUGCACAUAA